CGAGAAUCAAAAUAUGUCUGAAACGUCAAACUUUUUCUUCCCGACACUAUUUUGCUGACAUUGUUAAAAAAAAAACAAAACAAGAUUCUAAUGAGUGGAGGUGUUGCAUCCGCAGGUGUCAAACGAGCCCCCCCCUUCUUUGGACUCCCAACAAAUGCAUCAAUAAAUAAGUGUGCGGGUCAUUCACCUGGGGGCUCCUCUUCCUCCUCCUCCUCUUCCUCGGCGUCACCUGUCCGCGUGCCACCUGGCGUGCGCGCAUGCGCGCUCCCGCGGCCGCGGCCUCGCCACCAAGGCAGCAAAAGAAGACGAGCGGGGAAGAAGAAGAAGAAGAAGAAGACGCCGGCAGCGGCGAGGAUGCCUCGGUCCUUCCUGGUCAAGAGCAAGCGGGCGCACGCUUACCGCCGCGCAGAGGGUGACGGCGGCGAUGCAGAUCCUCGGAGCGACGGCGGCGGCUGGUGUCCCCCUCCAGAACCGAGCGGUCUCGCGUGGAGCCUCCCCGCGCAGGAGGCACCGGAGCCCGCGGACCCGUCGCCUCCGUCCCCAAACGCGGACGCCCGCGCGCCUUCGCCGGCCUACGAGGAGGGCUUCGUGGGCUUCUGGAGGCCCCCGUCGCCGUCGGCCUCACCGGUAGAUUCGCUGAAAUCGUUUUCGCCUUUGGCGGACGAGUCGGCGGCCCUCUCGGUCCCCUUCCGGCCGUACGACUGGAGCGCCUACCCGCCGCCGCCGCCGCACCCCGCCGCGCGGGUCUUCUAUCCCGGCCCGGCCCCGUCCGUGCACGGCUUCUACGCGGAGCAGGGGGCGCACGUGCUCGGCCCCCACCCGACCGCCGCGUACGCGCACGAGGCGCUGCGGACGUACGGCCGCCACCCAGCCGCAGCCGCCGCCGCCGCCUCGCUGCUCUUCCACGACGGGGGGCCCCUGCACGCCCACCGCUUCGAGGCCCCGCCGGAUGUCGGCUGCGCCAGUCUGGUGCUCAACGGCGCCUACAAGUGUGUCAAGUGCAGCAAGGUGUUCUCCACGCCGCACGGCCUGGAGGUCCACGUCCGGCGCUCCCACAGCGGCACCAGGCCCUUCGCGUGCCCCAUCUGCAGCAAAACCUUCGGCCACGCCGUCAGUCUGGAGCAGCACAAGGCCGUCCACUCACAGGAGAGAAGCUUCGACUGCAAGAUCUGCGGCAAGAGCUUCAAGCGCUCGUCCACGCUGUCCACGCACCUUCUGAUCCACUCGGACACGCGGCCCUACGCCUGCCAGUACUGCGGCAAGCGCUUCCACCAGAAGUCGGACAUGAAGAAGCACACGUUCAUCCACACGGGCGAGAAGCCGCACAAGUGCCAGGUGUGCGGGAAGGCCUUCAGCCAGAGCUCCAACCUCAUCACGCACAGUCGCAAGCACAGCGGCUACAAGCCCUUCGCCUGCCACCUCUGCACCAAAGGCUUCCAGCGGAAGGUGGACCUGCGCAGGCACAAGGACACGCAGCACGGCAUCAAGUGACGGCACAGGCAGAGCUCAAUUCUGCUUCCCCGUCGUCGUCGCGGGUGGGCACACAGUCCAGCGCUCGGCCGGUAUCGUCCCCGUCUGAUGGACAAGUCAAAUCCAUAUUGGGAAUGUAUUGAACGGCGAUAUCACAAGUAAUCCAGGUUGGUAUCGCUGAUACCGAUAUGGACUCUUUUUUUAUUAAAAACACGUUGAGUAAAGGAACAAUAGACCUUUCAAAAGUACUGACGUCACAACGUACCGCAUCGCUCCUUAUCGAUACGUUUGUAUCGCUGAUACCGAUAUUUGUAUCAAUAUGAAACGCAUAUAAAGGAGUAUUAACAACAGACCUUUCAAACAUGCUUACAGUACAUCGCGUGGUAUGAAAUGGAGCGCGCCACUAAUUUUCUUAUCCAUACAAGUUCAUCUUGAUACAGAUACUGAUAUCAAUUCUUUAAGCCAUCUUGAGUAAAGGAGGAUUAACAAUAGACCUUUCAAAAGUAGUGAUAUCGCAACGUACCACAUCUGUCCUUAUCGAUACAAGCUUUGUAUCGCUGAUACCAAUAUUGAUAUGAAAAUCAAUUAAAGGAAGAUGAACAACAGACAUUUGAAACGUACUUGCAGUACAUCGCGUGGUAUGAAAUGGAGCGCGCCA